AUGGAGAUGAAGGAGAGAGGCUGGCCUGCCAGCCAGGGCUCCCUCCUGCCUUCAUCCUUUGCAGCUGGUGAAGGAGAAUGCAGUGGGGAGAUGUGGGUUCACUCUGGAACUGCUGCAGUUCCAGCAGGUCUAACAGAAGAGCAGGUCCUGAUUGUGCUUCUCAGCCCACCACAGGGUUUGGCUAGUGAAACUGACUUGGGAGAUGGCAAGAUGGUGCAUGGAAGCAAGCAAGCAGGCCACUUGGGGAAAGUCUCAGUGUGUGCAAAGAUCGUGGAAAAAAGCACAGGGAAGGGAGGGUACAUGUCAGGAUUUGGAAACGAACAUGCUUCUGAAGACCCGCGCUGUCCAGGAGCUCUACCAGAGGGACAGUGGGGAUAUAAGGCUAUCUGGGCUGUUCACAGACUGACUGGGGUUGAGUGCCUCACAUCCUUCACAGCUGGUUCCUAUUUCUCCCCGCUGCAGAACAACCCACAGGUCUGCCCCUAUGGCCUCUACGCGGAGCAGCUCUCGGGCUCAGCCUUCACCUGUCCCCGGGCCACCAACAGGAGGAGCUGGCUCUAUCGGAUCCUGCCCUCUGUCUGCCACAAGCCCUUCCAGCCUCUGCACGAGGGCCAUCUGACACACAACUGGGAUGAGGUGGAGCCUGACCCCAACCAGCUGAGAUGGAAGCCCUUUGAAAUACCGAAAGCCUCCCAGAACAAGCUGGACUUUGUGAAUGGACUGCACACUUUGUGCGGCGCCGGAGAGCCCCGAGGACGCAGCGGCAUCGCCAUCCACAUCUUCGUCUGCAACACCUCCAUGCUUGACAGAUGCCUUUAUAAUUCAGACGGUGACUUCCUGAUUGUGCCCCAACAGGGAAAACUGCUCAUCACAACUGAGUUUGGGAAGAUGCUAGUGGAGCCCAAUGAAAUCUGUGUUAUCCAGCAAGGAAUGCGUUUUAGUGUGGAGGUGUUUGGAGAGACCAGAGGCUACAUCCUGGAGGUGUACGGGGCACACUUUGAGCUACCUGACCUGGGACCCAUUGGAGCCAAUGGCCUGGCAAACCCACGUGACUUCUUGGUGCCAGUAGCAUGGUAUGAGGACCGGAAAAUUCCAGGGGGCUACACAGUUAUCAGCAAGUACCAGGGCAAGCUGUUCGCAGCCCAGCAGGAUUUCUCCCCCUUCAACGUUGUAGCCUGGCAUGGGAACUACACACCAUACAAAUACCAUCUGGAAAACUUUAUGGUCAUUAAUUCUGUCGCUUUUGACCAUGCGGAUCCAUCUAUCUUCACUGUGUUGACAGCCAAGUCAACCCGUCCUGGAGUGGCAAUAGCUGACUUUGUCAUAUUCCCUCCACGAUGGGGGGUUGCCAACAACACCUUCCGGCCGCCUUACUACCACAGGAAUUGCAUGAGUGAGUUCAUGGGGCUCAUCAAAGGCCAUUAUGAAGCAAAGGAGGAGGGCUUCCAGCCUGGAGGUGCCAGCUUGCACAGCAUGAUGACUCCACAUGGGCCAGACGCUGACUGUUUUGAGAAGGCGAGCAAAGCCAAGUUGGAGCCUGAGAGAGUUGCAGAAGGGACUAUGGCCUUCAUGUUUGAAUCUUCCCUCAGUAUGGCUGUUACUGAGUGGGGCCUCAAGACCUCCAACCGCCUCGAUAAAAACUACUACAAGUGCUGGGAACCUCUGAAAAGCCACUUCAACCCUAACUGCAAAUAAAGAGAUGGAUUUGUUGCUUGCAGUGUAUGAAUGAAAACAGAGAAACCCAGCACACCUAUACGUGGCAGCACAGCCAGCUCAGACAACAAGAGUGCAGAAUGGCAUUUCCAGAAGCCACCAAGUGACCAAAGUCAACAAAAUGACCAUGCCUAUGUAAUUCAGGAAAUGAAAUUAAAACCACUAUUUUUAGCUUUCAAGUACCCAAUUAAAGCUAUCCUGGUGCCACUCUGGAGCUGAAAUACAUGAGGGUCUCUCAUCAUAUGCAGUUGCUAUGAAUGCUGUACUUGCUGUAGAUGCAAGGUGAUAGCCACCAUUCCGGGGGCUCCUCACUAUAUGGUGUGAUGUGCCUUUCACAGGGAGAAGCUGAAGAUCAGUGAGGCAUUUCAUGCCACUUGCAAGGGAAGA